UCUGUCAUCAAAAAUGCAGAAGUCAUAAAUAAUUAUCAUUAUGAAUUUUACGUCAAAAUCACAUCAAAGUCAAAGUUCUCAAAAUUUCUCAAGCUAUGAAAACAUUUCUUAACAAUAUUUUUAUGCAAUUUUUAAGCAACAAUGCACACUAUUUGCCUACCGAGAUCGUGUUUGUCUAUCUGUAACCUGAUCAUCUGCAGUGGGGGCUUAUUCGUUGCCGUUGCUUGUGUGUGGUGCGCCUUCAACACAGACCUCGUCAAAACGGUCAACUAUGGAGUCCUCAAAACACCAGUCAACGUAUUCGCCGAUUUCAUCAACCUAAAGCUCGGGAGUUUUUCAAUAACUUACUUGAUUCUUCCAAUAUGUCUACUGGCUUCAUGUACUUCAUGCUGUGGACUUUUAGGCUCUUGCUGCAGACUUAAAUGCGCCAUAAAGUCCUAUAUGUGCCUCGUCACUUUACUAUUCGCUGUGACAUUCCACACUUUCUUCCUAACAGUGCUAUACAGCAUUUAUUAUGACGACAAAGAGUUUCAAGUCUCCCUCCAGAGUUCGUUCAAAACCCACUACGGGAAGCAAGAUGAUUUAGGGACGUAUUUCUGGAACCAUGUCAUGGUGGCUUACGAAUGUUGUGGAGUGGUGGACUAUGAGGAUUUUAUCAAAACUCCGUGGCAUAGAGACAAUGCCAACGCAUCUUUUCCACUACAAUGCUGCUUCCUUCAAAAUAAAUCGAGCUUACAACCAGUUUAUGUAGAAUGUCCGUACGGAGAACAUUCGAAGAUAUAUUCGCACAGAAACGGCUGUUUCCAGGUUUUACACGACCAUUUUGUAAGCAAAAGCGUUCUGAUAGCAUUCAUGGUGUUGCUAUACUUGCUGAUUUACUUCUGUAUAAUUAUUUUCUCCUAUACGUUGGUCAAAGGGCGUCCAUUGAUACGAAGGUCGUCGGCCAAUCGGAUCGCAAGGCUGAAGAAGGAAGCCUUAGAAAGGGUGGCCUCUAGCAUUUCCACUACCUCGUUACAAAACAUGCUGUUUGAAGACAGUGAACCUCCUCAGAAGAUGGUCAGACUGAUGUCCUCUAUGCAACCAAAUCUCCGGUACGAAUACCCGGCUAAUUUCAAUAUGCCACAAGAUGCAUUCAACCGCGCCAGCAUGUACAACUUUCAGAAUUUGUCUGGUGUGCCAGCAAACGCAAAUAGUGAGGCGCAGAAUUAGAGUGAUCGUUUCGUAUAUAUUUCAAUAAUAUUUUGAUAAAGAGGUUUUACUGAUAAGUUUUUGU